AUGGGUACGGUAUGCGGAGCUCACACGGAUGUGAGCGCAAAUCUUUUGAGCGUGAAGCCGCAGGAAAGCGAAAUCAAUAAUGAGCGACAACGUUUAACACCAUUGGGAAGGCGGGGGUGGUGCGAGAGAAUUGUGCGCUUGGAUAGCGCUCUGGCGCAAUGGAUGCGCGUAGAGCUCACACUUCAUGCGUGCGAUAUAUGA